GCUUUCUGAUGAUGACAUAGAUGUCUUCUGCGUCUUCUCUGGUGCUCGCUCCUGCUAACAUGUUUCUGUAAAGGCUUGAACUUGAAUUAUGGCUUUGAAUCAUCUGCUGCGACCUUUCCUGUGUCAGUCGCUGGUACGACAUGUCCGGUCUCCUGUCGUGGUCGCCUCCAGGGUCAGCGUUAGACCGCCUCUGUGCCCCGGCGUCGCCCGCCACCCUGCUGCAUGCGCCAGGCUCUACGCCACCAAGAAGGCAAAAGCCAAGGCAAAGGGCCAGUCAGCGAAGGUGAAUAUCAGUUCAGCUCUGGUGGAAGACAUCAUCAGUCUGGAUGAAGUGAAUGAAGACAUGACCGCAGUUCUCAGCGCGCUCAAAGAUGACUUUACACGCAACCUCAGCAUCCGAACCUCGCCAGGAGCUCUGGAUCACAUCGUGGUGACGACUCAAGACGGGAAGUUUCCUCUCAACCAGCUGGGUCAGAUCUCCAUGAAGUCACCUCAGCUCAUUAUGGUCAACAUGAGCAGCUUCCCCGAAGCCACAGCGGCGGCCACCCGAGCCCUGAGAGAGACCAGCAUGAACCUAAACCCCGAGGUGGACGGGACCAUCAUCAAGGUGCCCGUUCCCAAAGUGACUCGGGAACACAGAGAGAACCUCGUCAAGCUCGCCAAACAGUUCAGCAACAAGGCUAAGGAUUCGCUGAGGAAGGUGCGCUCUAAUGCUGUCACACAGGCCAAAAAGGCAAAGGAGGGACACUCGGAGGACACAAUACGACUCGUAGAAAAACAGAUACAGCAGAUGUCGGACGACAUUGCAGCAGACAUUGACAAACAGCUCGCAGCAAAGACCAAGGAGUUGUUAGGCUGACGGCGCUGAUUAGAAGAAACAUGCAGGUUUUAUAUUUGAUACUUCACCACCGGUUAUAGGACACAACAGCAGCAACAAGUCUGCUUUUCAACAUGUUGAUAAUAGACAGUGACUGGACCAUGUCGGGGAGCUGGUUUUUGAAUCACACACAGAAACACGUUCUUGGUCCUGUAGCAUAUUUUUGGGUUCUCUGGGCAGAAGCCGAGCCUUUGUUCCUGCCCACAUCGCUGGCAGAGAUCUUCAUUUCACUGCUGUGUGAUAUCUGUGUUUAGCUGCGUAAGUGCAUAAACAGAAAUUGGCACGGAAACAACAACGACAGACUGCCCGUCACCUCCCUCCUCCGUUGUUACUCUUCCUGUCUUCAAACAAACACCGAGCAAGGGACGAAUGGACUUUUAAUGGGAUUUGCGGGCCUCCUCCUAAUCAAACCCUUUGCCACAGGGGCUGUCUGUUUAUAUAAAGUAAGCGCACCCGUCCGAAUGUAAACUGGCUGCGGGUUUUUCUUGGUGGCAAGAGCGAGAGAGAGUUUGUUCCAGAGACGUAGACGUCGACCGAACAGAUACCGUUAGCGUGUUGCCAAACAUUUGUUUCGCAUUGAUUCCAAGUCUGUUAAAAAGUCACUUGAGUGGGUAAAAAAAAAAAAAGACCUUUAAUUUCUGUCCAUGGUGAGGAUUGAUAAUAUGACUGCUCUCUUUUAAACACAAUAAAGUCAGGAAAGUAACAUUAUUGAUGGACUCCAUUAAAGAAACACUGCUUUGUA